GUGAGGUAUAUGAGAAAUAGGUUAAACAGGUUACUUUUUUACUAAUAGUGUCAAAGAUAAUAUAAAAACUUGAUCUUCCUCAGUUACAUUACUUUCUUUUGUGAAUGUGAUUUCUAAAAAAAAAUGAAACAGUUAAAACUUACAGGUUUUGUUAUUUUCCUGUUCUUUGUGCCUGAAUCCCUAACCCUGCCCACACAGCCUCAAGAUGUAGAUGAUGUCAGUAUCACCCAGAAAUUUAUAGAGGAGAAUGUUGGAUAUAUCACAAUCAUCGCAUUUGCUCAGUAUAUUCAGGAGGUCUCCUUUGAAGAAGUAGAAGUGUUGGUAAAAGCCAUGACAGAAUAUAGAGAUAAAUGCUUGGGUGGCAUGACACUCCCAAUGUGUUCCAAAUUAGCUAAUGAUGUUUUACUGGAAAAUAUAUGUGCUCUGGAAGGACUGCCACAAAAGCAUAAUUUUUUACACUGCUGUGGUAAGGUCGACUUGGAAAGAAAACUUUGUUUCUUCCAUAAUAAGAAAGCUGAUGUAGGAUUUCUGCCUCCUCUUCCUACCCUGGAUCCUGAAGAGAAAUGCCAGACUUAUAAAAAUAACAGAGAAUCUUUUCUAAACAAUUAUAUAUAUGAAGUUUCCAGAAGGAACCCCUUUGUUUUUGCCCCUACACUUCUAACUGUUGCUGCUCGUUUUGAGGAGAUGACUAAAACAUGUUGUGAAGAACAAGACAAAGCUAACUGCUUUCGGACAAAGGCAGAACCUGUCAUACAAUAUUUAAAAGCAUCAUCUUCUUUUCAAAAAAAUGUCUGUGGGGCACUUAUGAAGUUUGGACUGCAAGUCUUAGAAUCGAUAAAUAUUGCUAUACUUAGUCAGAAAUUUCCCAAGAUUGAAUUUAAGGAACUUACCUCCCUCCUAAAAGAUGUUUCUUCCAAGUAUGAUGGAUGCUGUGAAGGGGAUGCUGUGCAGUGCAUCCGUGACAGGAGCAAGGUUAUGAGCCAUAUUUGUUCCAAACAAGAUUCCAUCUCUAGCAAAAUCAAAGAGUGCUGUGAAAAGAAAAUGCCAGAGCGUGGCGAGUGCAUCAUUUCCUCGAAUAAAGAUGACAGACCAAAGGACUUAGCUCUAAGAGAAGUGAAAUUUACUGAGAGAGAAAAUGUGUGUGAAGAACGAGAUGCUAAUCAAACGAUCUUCAUGGCUGAGUUUCUGUAUGAACACUCAAGGAGACAUCCGGAACUCUCUAUACCGGAGCUUUUAAGAAUUGCUGGAGUGUAUGAAGAUCUUCUGAAAGAGUGUUGCCACGCAGAAAACCCUCCAGACUGUUACCGCCAUGCAGAAUACAAAUUCAAUGAAACAACUGAGAAAAGCCUCAAGAUAGUACAACGAGAAUGUGAACAUUUCCAGAAUUUGGGGAAAGAUGACUUGAAAUACUACUACCUUAUCAAACUCACAAAGAUAGCCCCCCAGGUCUCCACUGAAGAACUGACGUUUCUUGGCAAGGAAAUGGUGACAGCUUUGGCCACCUGUUGCACACUGAGUGAAGAGUUUGCCUGCGUUGAUAAUUUGAUGGAUUUAGUUCUUGGAGAGUUGUGUGGAAUAAAUGAAAAUCGGGACAUCAACCCAGAUGUGGACCACUGUUGUAAAACCAACUUUGCCUUCAGAAGGCCCUGCUUUGAGGGCUUGGAAGCUGACAAAACGUAUGUGCCUCCAUCUACACCUCAAGAUCUAUUUACCUUUCACACAGACUUAUGUCAGGCUCAUAAUGAGGAGCUCCAAAAAAAGAAAGACAGGUUUCUUGUCAAUCUGGUGAAGCAAAGGCCUGAACUUACAGAUGAGGCGCUGAAGUCAUUGCUUACAGACUUCACGGACGUGGUGGUGAAGUGUUGCAAAGCUGAGGGGCCUGAAGCCUGCUUUAAUGAAGAGACCCCCAAACUGGGUGUUAGGUAA